AUGAAGAAUGACCGUGAAGAAAAAAUAAUGAACCUCGAGGUGGCUUUGGAUAAGGUCAAUAAGAAGCUAAGAGUUGUUAUUGCAUUGAGUAGAACAACUAUGAUGAAUAGCACGGAGGGCCUUCAAAGACUAAAUGAAAAAGCCCAAUCUCUUAAUGUUUCCCCCUUAGCUACUCAUGCUUCCUCCUCCAUUUUGGUUUGCGAAAAAGGCAAGGUGAAGGAAUCUGUCCUGGAAGGUAAGACCCAUAUUAAUCGAGGACCUUCAACUCGAACUCACAGCAAGGAUAGAGGGCAGCGGCAUGGGCGAAGGGAGGCCAAAAGAGGCAGGCAUGGCGGAGGACGGGAGGGGGAGUUAGCAUGGCGCGGGGCGAAGGGGCACCCGGGCACCACUGUGGAUACCCCCAGUGGUGACCGUGUGUCGUUCACCGUGGAUACCCACAGUGGCAGCCCCAUGCCGCCCACUGUGGUUGCCCAUGGUGGCUGCCCUAGGGCAGUGGCACGGGCAAAGGGAGGCCGAAGGAGACGGUCAUGGCAAAGGACGGGAGGGGGAUUGGCAUGGCGUGGGGCGGAGGGGCACCUGGGCACCAUUGUGGAUACCCACAAUGGCGGUCGUGUGCCGCUUACUAUAGAUACCCACAGUGGCAGUCUCGUGCCGCCCACUAUGCAGCCAAAUUUCUCUAGUAAACGGGCAGUCAAAGAAGAUGUGGCGCGUGGCCUCAGGCUUUCUGUAGACAAAACAAAGAUCAUAUGCAGCCGAUUUAUUCCUUACAGGAAGCUUGCUCAUCUUUCCUCAAAAGCUUCUGCUAAUCUUCCUCCAGGGAGCUUCGGGUGGCCUCUGCUGGGAGAAAUGCCUCAGCUUCUGCUCUCUUUGAAAAGAAACAGGCUUCAUGACUUUUUCAAGCGGAGAGUUGAGCGAUAUGGAGGACAUAUCUUCAAGACUUUCAUUGCUGAGGGCAAUCGCUUUCUCUUCAACAACGAAAACAAGCUUUUCCAGCACUAUUGGCCCGAUUCGGUUAAAUUGUUAUUUGGAAACUCUUUACUUGGCAUAGUUGGGGAAGAGGCCAAUGAUGUGAGGAAGAUGCUGAUGGCAUUCUUGAAGCCACAGGCUCUGCAAAAGUUCGUGGGCAGAGCAGACGCCAUAAUUAACAACCACGUGAAGAGUUCGUGGUUUGAAAAGCAGCAAAUCAAGGCCUUCCCUCCCAUCAGGCGCUGCAUUUUCGCUGUGGCCUGCAGUCUUUUUCUAAGCCUGAAUGAUGAUACUGAUAUUUCAGAAUUGUAUAGUUAUUUCACAGAAUUGGUGAAGGGAAUGACGCAAUUUCCUCUAGAUCUGCCGGGAACGCCAUAUCGCAAAGCCAUGAGUGCACGACGUCAUCUUCACCGAAUACUCCAAAAGCUGAUUGAACGGAGGAGAAAUGAUUUGGCGAGAAGAUCUGCUUCGGGAGAAGAGGACCUCUUAUCCUUCCUUCUCUGCAACGUAGCUGAACAUGGAAAUACACUUACGGAUGACGAUAUUAAGGAUAACAUUAUGCUACUCUUAGAGGGCGGCCAAGACACAAGCGUUGUCACUCUAGCGUUUCUGCUCAGAAAUCUGGCUCUUCAUCCUCACUGCUACACCCAACUCCACCAAGAGCAAAUGGAGAUUUCUAGGGCGAGGGAAGGGCGCGAGCUAAAGUGGGAUGACAUUCAAAAAAUGAAAUACUCAUGGAGAGCAACCCAAGAGACGAUGAGACUUCAUCCUCCAGCUCCUGGUGCAUGGCGGCAGUGCAUUGCAGAUAUCUCCUAUAGUGGAUACACCAUUCCCAAGGGAUGGAAGGCUUGCUGGGUAGCAUUUUCAACCCACAUGAAUCCAGAGCAUUUUCCUGUUCCAGACAAGUUUGAUCCAUCGAGGUUUGAAGGGAGUGGACCACCUCCCUAUACUUUUGUGCCAUUUGGAGGUGGACCACGCAUGUGCCCUGGGAAUGAAUAUGCUCGAAUGGUCAUACUUGUGUUUCUGCACAACGUAGCGAAACAUUUUAAAUGGAGUUUGGUGGAUGCAGAUGAGAAAAUUGUUGUUGAUCCCAUGCCUCGACUUACCAAUGGGCUACCUCUGAACCUCCGUCCCCAUUCCAAUCAAUAAGCUAUAAACAUUCCAAACAGAUUUAUCUAUAUUUUGGUUUGUUUAAAGUAGUGCUUAUGU